AUGGCCCAGACUGUGAAUCCCUUCCCCAUCCGCUUUGAGAAGCAUGUUGUCGCUCCGCCGUACGAGAGAGGAUGGAGUUACAUCGAGCGCAGGAACGGGCAGCUCUGCCUGGUGAGGGACAGGAAGGACGUGUUCCGUCUCCAUCGGCCGUCGAAGAAGAGAGCAGCGCCGCCGAGAGAUAGGGAUAGAGACCCUGAGAGAGAGGUGAUCAUCGUGCGUGAGGAGGACAUGGACGUCAUCGGUCGCCAUCAUCGGGUCCAUCCCCACGGAGACAGACUCUUUGUGGAGGUAUGUCAAGAAAGAAGCGAGCCAGGUGAUCCGUCUCCUCGACCACGACCGCCGAGGAUUGAGGUCCGACGACCUCUCAACGCCACACCACCGUGUUCUCCUGUGUUUGAAGAAACGCCUCACCACCGCAGGGAGUCGUUCCCGUUUCGCCUCGUCCAAAAGAUCCCCGUUGAGCGAGCCCGUCUUCGUCGCGUCAGGCAUGCGAGAGCGCCAGAAGACCCUCUCCACUGUUCUCCCCCUCGACCACCACCGCCCCAAGUCGUCGACGACUGUUACGAAGACGAAGUCUUCUUUGACCCCAUGAGCGACCUACACGCUCGGGAACCUCGGCCCUACCACAUUCCCGAACCCGAGAACGCCGUGUGGGAUGAGGACAUGAACGCCUGGGUUGUGCGACGCUCGCCGAAAGUGCGAUUCUGCUAA